CAGCCAAAUCCCAUUUCCUUAUCCAGUAGCAAACCACCAUCAUUCUCAAAUGUGAACGGUGCAAAAUAAUUGAUAUAAAAACAGCACUAAUAAAUCAAAUCAUCAUUAAUUUGCACCGUCAGUAAAGCUCCAAAUUUUCAAAUACGAGUGAAAUUCAAUCAUGCACUUAAUGUCUUCAAGAACCAAUAACUUGUUAAACAAUCUUGAUCCAUAAAACCUUAAACAACCCAACAAUAUUCAUCCAUGGAACCCAAACUAGUUCACUGUCUCUGUUUAAUGUUGUUUUUUCUUUUCUCUUUAUCUACCGCUUUCGCUCCGACAGACAAUUACCUUCUGAAUUGCGGUUCAGCCGCCAAUGCUUCACUCGAUAACCGAGUCUUCGUCGGCGAUUCUUCUAAAACCGGGUUUUUUACUCUCUCAGCAGACCGAUCCGUUUCACUCACUGACCAAACCCCAUCUCCGAUUUCCGAACCAUUGUACCGUACAGCCAGGAUUUUCACUUCUUCUUCGAGUUAUAAGUUCAACAUCAAGAAAAACGGGACUCAUGUGGUACGUUUUCAUUUCUCCCCAUUUGUAGCUCAGAGUUUUAAUUUGUCAGCUGCAAAGUUUAGUGUGUCUGUUAACGGUAAUAAUCUGUUGAGUGAUUUUAGUACGAAAGGUUUUAUGAUCAAAGAGUAUGUAAUGAAAUUUGAUGGUGAAGCUGUAGAAAUUUUUUUUAGUCCUGUGAGUGAACCUGGGUUUGGAUUUGUUAGUGCUAUUGAAGUGUUUUCAGCUCCCAAGGAUUUAAUUGUUGAUUAUGGAGCUAGGUUGGUUAGUGCUAAUGGAAUUCAAGAGUAUAGGAACCUUUCUUUGAAUGUUUUAGAAACAAUUCAUAGGAUUAAUGUUGGAGGUUCAAAGGUGACACCUUUUAAUGAUACUUUGUGGAGGACUUGGGUCCCUGAUGAUGAUUACCUUGUGUUAAAAUCUGCUGCGAAACGCGCCGCUACCACUCAUACGCCUAAUUAUGAGAGUGGGGGUGCUAGCCAAGAGGUUGCACCUGAUAAUGUGUAUAUGACUGCACAGGAGAUGAAUAGGGAUAAUGCGAUGUUAGGUGCGAAAUUCAACAUUACAUGGGAUUUUCCGGUGGGUUCGAAACGUGUCCGACACUUGGUUCGGAUGCAUUUUAGUGAUUUUGUUAGUACUUCGCUUAACCAGUUGUACUUCGAUGUUUACAUAAACGACUACUCUGCUUAUAAAGAUCUUGAUUUGUCGUCGCUUACAUUCCAUGUGCUGGCAUCUCCUAUCUACGUAGACUUCAUCGCAGAUUCUGAUGAUUCAGGGGCUAUACAUAUUAGUGUUGGACCCUCAGAUGUAAGCACUCCUAUGAGAAUUAAUGCUAUUCUGAAUGGGGUGGAGAUCAUGAAGAUGUUAAAUGUUCCUAUUAUGCAUAAUGGAUCGAAAAAGAGACUAAUUUGGAUUGUGUUGUGUUCAAUCCUUGGAGGUCUUGUUGCGUUAUCAUUGAUUGUAAUUGCUGUUGUGUUUGUGUGUAAACGCAAGAAGAAGAUUAAACCAAAACCAAGGCGUGCAGAAAGUGUGGGGUGGACGCCUUUACGUGUAUUUGGAGGCAGUACGCACAGUAGAAUGUCCGAAGUGACUGUCAGUGCAUCUCCUGGUUUUCACAGCUUGAAGUUCUCUUUUGCUGAGAUACAGUUAGCCACUAAAAAUUUCGAUGAAAAUCUGAUUAUUGGUUCUGGUGGAUUUGGUAUGGUUUAUAAAGGAGCUCUUAAAGACAGCACAAAGGUUGCUGUAAAGAGAGGUGUACCGGGAUCUAGGCAGGGACUUCCUGAGUUUCAGACGGAGAUAACAGUUCUGUCCAGGAUUCGUCACCGCCAUCUUGUUUCACUCAUUGGAUAUUGUGAAGAACAGUCAGAAAUGAUACUGGUUUAUGAGUAUGUGGACCGAGGGCCAUUGAAGAAUCAUUUAUACGGUUCAGGAUAUCCACCUUUGUCGUGGAAACAAAGGCUUGAAAUUUGCAUUGGUGCCGCAAGAGGUCUUCACUAUCUGCACACAGGUUCAACACAAGGCAUCAUCCAUCGCGACAUCAAGUCUACCAAUAUUUUGCUGGAUCAGAAUUACGUAGCCAAGGUUGCUGAUUUCGGUCUCUCAAGAUCCGGUCCAUGUUUGGAUGAGACUCAUGUGAGUACUGGUGUGAAAGGUAGUUUUGGGUAUCUUGAUCCGGAAUAUUUCCGAAGACAGCAGCUUACGGAUAAGUCAGAUGUGUAUUCAUUUGGAGUGGUGCUUUUAGAAGUACUUUGUGCUAGACCUGCUGUUGACCCAUUGAUUGCUAGGGAGCAAGUGAAUUUAGCUGAAUGGGCAAUGCAAUGGCAGAAAAAGGGCAUGCUUGAGAAAAUAAUCGAUCCCCAUCUUGUCGGACAAAUCAGUCGAAGCUCCCUGAAGAAAUUCGGAGAAACAGCGGAGAAAUGUUUGGCUGACUACGGAGUUGAUAGACCAACCAUUGGAGAUGUAUUAUGGAAUUUAGAAUAUGUACUUCAACUUCAGGAAUCUGGACCGUCAAAAGAUACACGUGAUGACGGAAAUGUGAAUGUGCAAGAACUGCCAUCACCUUCUUCCAUGGUUGCUCCGGGUUCCUCGAGCAACGCUGAUACCGAAAGAGAUGAUGGAAAUGGUGCUUCAGACAUAUCAACCAGCAAAGUUUUUUCUCAAUUGUUGACCAAUGAUGGCAGAUAGUGUUGUACAUUAUAGAACACAGGUAAUGUUGUGAAUGACUGUUAAAAGAUUAAAGGCGUAUUAGUAUUAAGGUACCAGUCCAGAGUUUUAAUCUUUUUUCUUAAAUCCUGAAUACUAUAAAGCAGUGGAAAUAAAGUGAUUAAAGAGCAGAUGAAUAUAUACUAAACUGAUUAUGUGAUUUAUGCAUUAAUUAAUCUCAAAAGUUAAAUUAAUAUUUUA